AUGGAUCCGACAGAUAACCAACCCUAUUCUAGAGGGUACGAGCUGCGGGAUAUUCCCGGAGACUCAACUGAUAACCUCCACUACACCGAGCAUGAUUCCUACGGCGACCGACCCUACUCGCUGCACGGCUACGAUUCGGAUAGACUUAACCGCCCAGUUUCCCCCACAUCCAUAUAUAGCGGGGAUACUGCUACCCGAGGAAUCUAUCAUCUGCCUCCUGCGGCGACCGUGACCCACGCCGCGGACGACUUCGAGCAGAAUAACUUCGGCAACGGCUUCGGCUACGGUAGGCCCCCGUCGACUUAUAACGAGCAGGAAACAUGGGCGGAGCGACAACAGGCUCCUAUAGAGAGCUUAAGCGGAGGAGGGAUUCGACGUCGCAAUACUCGCAAGAUCAAGUUGGCGCAAGGUCUUCAGGGUUCCGUCUUGAGCACCGAAUAUCCGGUCCCGACACCCAUCCGCAACGCUACAGAACCCCAGUAUCGAGAUCUGGAAGAAUUCAAAAUGAUGCGGUACACGGCGGCCACGUGCGACCCGGAUGAUUUCACCCUCAUGAACGGAUACGACCUCCGCGCGCGCAUGUACAACCGGCACACCGAGCUAGUCAUAGCUAUCACUUAUUAUAACGAAGAUAAGAUCCUCUUCGCUAGAACGAUGCAUAGCGUGAUGCAAAAUGUACGCGAUAUAGUGAAGCUUAAAAAGUCGACCUUCUGGACAAAGAGCGGACCGGCAUGGCAGAAGAUAGUGGUCUGCCUAAUAUUUGACGGUAUAGAGAAAGCCGAUAAGAGCGUGCUCGACGUGCUAGGAACGAUGGGAGUUUACCAGGACGGCGUUCUCAAGAAGGACAUCGACGGUAAAGAAACGGUCUCUCACAUAUUCGAGUUUACGAGCCAAAUCUCCAUCACCCCCGAUCAGCAACUCAUCCUGCCGAAAGAAAACGACCCCAGCAACCUACCUCCCGUGCAGCUGCUGUUCUGCCUAAAACAAAAGAAUAGCAAGAAGAUCAACUCGCACCGCUGGCUGUUCAACGCUUUCGGUCGUAUCCUGAAUCCCGAGGUCGUGAUCCUCAUCGACGCCGGAACUAAGCCCAGUCCAAAAUCCCUACUCGCCUUGUGGGAGGGAUUCUACAAUGACAAAGACCUCGGCGGCGCCUGCGGCGAGAUCCACGCCAUGUUGGGCAGGCGAGGUAAAAAACUACUCAAUCCGAUAGUAGCCAUCCAAAACUUCGAAUAUAAAAUCUCAAACGUCUUGGAUAAACCCCUGGAGAGUGCGUUUGGUUAUGUUACCGUCUUACCGGGCGCCUUUUCCGCUUACCGAUUUCGGGCUAUUAUGGGUCGGCCCCUGGAGCAGUAUUUCCACGGCGAUCACACGCUGUCGAAGAUCUUGGGUAAGAAGGGCAUAGAUAAUAUGAACAUUUUCAAGAAGAAUAUGUUUCUUGCCGAGGAUCGAAUUCUGUGCUUUGAACUUGUUGCUAAGGCCGGCCAGAAGUGGCACUUGAGCUACAUCAAAGCUGCUAAAGGAGAAACUGAUGUACCCGAAGGUCCCGCCGAAUUUCUAAGUCAGCGACGGCGUUGGCUAAACGGCUCCUUCGCCGCGUCGCUGUAUUCUCUCAUACACUUUAAUCGACUCUACAGGUCCGGGCACAGCAUCAUACGGAUGUUCUUCCUGCAUAUCCAGUUUCUGUAUAAUAUCGCCCAGAUCACAUUCAGUUGGUUCUCUCUCGCUUCCUACUGGCUCACUACUAUCGUCAUCAUGGACCUCGUCGGCACUCCCGUUCCCGAGACGAAUUACCACGGCUGGCCGUUUGGUGACGUCGCUACGCCGAUCGUUAACGUGGUGCUCCGAUAUCUCUACCUAGUUUUUAUCCUCGUCCAGUUCAUCCUCGCUCUAGGCAAUCGCCCCAAGGGUUCGAGGCACUCCUACAUCGCCUCGUACGCUGUCUUCGGCGUAAUACAGGCCUAUAUUAUCGUCUUAUCCUUCUAUUUAGUAUACCGCGCCUUGCAAACGCCCCUCGGCGAUCAGAUAGACACCUCUAGCGCCGGAGCGUUCUUCGCGAGCAUGUUCGGCGGCAGCAGCGUCGCAGGCGUUAUCCUGCUCGCCCUCAUCACCAUCUACGGUCUCAACUACGUGGCUUCGUUCAUCUACCUGGACCCUUGGCACAUGUUCCACUCUUUCCCUCAGUAUCUCGUGCUGGCGUCUACCUAUAUUAAUAUCGUCAUGGUAUACGCUUUCAACAACUGGCAUGACGUUUCCUGGGGUACUAAGGGCUCCGACCAGACGGCAGCUCUACCGUCCGUGCACGUUAUCAAGGAUGAAAAGACCGACGCUCCCGUGAUCGAAGAGCUCGAGAGGGAGCAGGAAGACAUCGACAGCCUAUUCGCGAAGACCGUAUACAGAGCCCUCGCUCCAGUCGAGGAAGAGGAGGUCGUAGAAAAGAAAGACACGGAAGACUCGUACAAAUCCUUUAGGACCGGUCUAGUUAUCACGUGGAUAUUAUCGAAUUUGCUGCUCAUCGUUCUCGUCACGAGCGACGAAUUCGAGUCUUUGGGCGUAGGGAAAGCGUCUACGACCCGAACUCCUGGAUAUUUCCGGUUUCUCUUGUAUGCUACGGCCGUCCUCUCCAUGAUUCGUUUCAUCGGCUUCUUAUGGUUUAUAAGUAAGACCAGCAUCAUGUGCUGCUUCGCCAAGAAAUAA